UGUCACCCUGGGAACUCCUGGGUCUCUUGGUUUGUUUGCCAAACAAAGUCUUUUCUUCUCUGGCUCAGAUACUGAAGAAGCUCCUGGAUUGUUCUGCGAUCCCGCCACAAGCUGGCAGUUAUCCGGAGCCUUCCUAAAGAGCUGGGGAAGAGAUGAACCCUGCUGGGCGGAGGAUGGGAGAAGGGCGUCAGCCAGCGGGGUCACCCCGGGGGCGGCCCUGCGGCUCCGGGACGCCGCGCUCCCUGCUCUGGUUCUUCGUGCACUCCUGGCUGUGGGCUGCCUCGGGCUUGUCUGCCCAGGUGUUCAAUCUCAGCCUCUCUGUGGACGAGGGGCUGCCCCCCGACACACUGGUUGGUGACAUUCGCGCGGGGUUGCCAGUCGCUCAGCAGUUGGAAGGGAACGGCUUCUUUCUGUCAGAGGACUCCGAUGACUCCCCGCUGCUGGAUGACUUCCACGUGCACCCGGACACCGGCAUCAUUCGCACCGCACGGCGUCUGGACCGCGAGCGGCGUGACCACUACAGCUUCGUGGCGGCCACGCUGUUGGGCGAGGUGGUGCAGGUGGAGAUCCACGUCAACGACGUGAACGAUCACUCUCCCCACUUUCCCCGCGACUCCCUGCAGUUGGACGUCUCGGAACUCAGCCCCCCAGGCACUGCUUUCCGCCUGCCGGGAGCCCAGGACCCGGACGCGGGGCUGUUCAGCAUCCAGGGUUACACCUUGCUGCAAGCAUCCGACCUGCUCCAGGGCCCCGCAGGACCUUUCUUCCAAUUGCGCUAUGGGUCGCUGGGGCCACCUGUGUCGCCGCCUCAGUCGGUGUCCUCAACACCCCUGGAGCCCCUAGACUUGGUGCUGUUGAGGCGUUUGGACCGAGAGGAGGUGGCAGAGUACGAGUUGCAGAUUGAAGCCUGGGACGGUGGCAGUCCUAGGCGCACCGGCCGCCUGCGCGUACAGCUGCGUGUGCUGGAUGAGAACGACAACCCGCCAGUUUUCGAGCAGGGCGAGUACCGCGCCUCAGUACGUGAGGACGCCCAGCCGGGCACCGAGGUGUGUCGCGUGCUUGCCACUGAUCGCGACUUGGGGCCCAAUGGCUUGGUGCGCUACAGCAUCCGGGAGCGACAAGUGUCCUUGAUGGGCGCAGCUGGCGGGCCACCUGGCGAUCCGGGCUAUUUCUCGGUGGAGGAGCUGAGCGGCAUAGUGCGGGUGCAGAGACCUUUAGAUCGCGAGGCGCAGGCCUGGCACCAACUGGUGGUCCAGGCCCGCGACGGGGGCGCAGAGCCAGAGGUAGCCACCGUGCGCGUGUCCAUUGACGUGCUGGACGUGAAUGACAACCCGCCCGCCAUCCACCUGCUCUUUCUUACCGAGGGAGGCACAGCCCGCGUCUCCGAGGGCGCUCGGCUAGGAGACUAUGUGGCUCGAGUCUCGGUGUCCGACGCAGAUGGUGACCCAGAGAAAGAAGAGGCUACUGGGGUGCUUGGUGCGAGCCUUGGGACAGGCAGCAUCAAGCUGUCCUUGGAGGGUGGGAACGGAGCCUUCGCGCUGCGGCCAGGAGGCCCUCCCGGAGUAUUUUUCCUCUGCAUCGAGGGCCUCUUGGACAGGGAAAGCCGCGAUCUAUAUGAGUUAAGACUAAUAGCCACCGAUGAAGGGUCACCGCCAUUGAGUACAGAGGAGUCGCUGCUGCUCUGGGUCUCGGACCUCAAUGACCAGCCACCUGUCUUCAGCCAGGAGCAUUACUGGGCCUCAGUGUCCGAGGCCGCAGUUCCAGGAACCUCGGUGGUUUGGGUCAGUGCUUUGGAUGCGGACCAGGCUGGCACGGAUCAUGCCAGGGUUCGAUAUGCGCUACUGCAACUCUCGGAUCCCUGCGACUCUGAGGCUCUGUCACUCAAGGCAGAGUGUGUCCCACCCUUCAGCAUCAACCCUGACAAUGGUUUGAUCAGCACUCUCCGAUCUCUAGACCGAGAGGCCCAGGAGGCAGUGGAGCUGAGGGUGGUAGCCCAGGACCUGGGAGAGCCACCACUUUCUGCCACCUGCCUGGUGAGCAUUAUUGUGGACGACGUGAAUGACAAUGAGCCCGUUUUCCCGUGGCAGGUGUAUAAUGUCACCCUUGCUGAGCACACCCCAGUUGGACACUGCUUUCUUCAGGUGAAAGCCACCGAUGCAGACGCGGGGAUCUAUGGCUUAGUCGAGUAUUCUCUUUAUGACGGAUUCCAAAGCUAUGAAGCACCGCCAGCAUUCCAGAUUGACCCGCGGGAUGGGCGCAUCUGUGUCUCCCAAGACAUAGACAAGGAAAGGGAUCUGAGCACCUUUGACCUUCUGGUGAAAGCAAAGGAUGGGGGUGGUCUCAGUGCUCAAGCUUUCGUCCGGGUAGAGGUGGAGGAUGUGAAUGAUAAUCGCCCCGUUUUUAAUCCAUCGACUUAUGUGACAAGCAUUAGUGGCCAGACCCUGCCAGGCACUGAGAUCGUCAACGUUCUCGCCAGUGACAGCGAUUCUGGCGUGUAUGGAACAGUGGCUUAUGAACUCAUCCCAGGAGACUUGGCCUCCCUCUUCACCAUUGACUCCAUUACAGGCAUUAUUUACCUAGCAUCAGCUCUCAGCCAUUUGGAAGCUACCACACUUUUUCUGAUGGUCUGUGCUCGAGAUGGGGGUGGACUCACAGCUGCCACUAAUGCUGGUGUCACCAUCCACAUCCUGCAAACCACACUGGCUCCUGCGGAGUUUGAAAGGCCUAAGUACACAUUCUCAGUUUAUGAAGACGUGCCAGAAGACACCCUAGUUGGGACAGUGAAGGCAAGAGAGUCCUUGAAUUCCUCCGAACCAAUCUCUUACCGAAUUUCCUCAGGCGAUCUGGAUGGAAAGUUCUCCAUUCACAGGUGGCUGGGCAGCAUCCGCACCCUGAAGCCUCUGGACCACGAAGCACAGCCCAUGGUUGUCCUCACCGUCCAGGCGCAGCUCGGCAGCUCCCCAGCCUGCAGCAGCACGGAAGUGAACAUAACCGUGCUCGAUGUCAACGACAACCGUCCUGAGUUUCCCACAGCCUGGGAUGAAAUUAGGAUCUCCCAGACCACUCCACCUGGCACGGCCUUGUACCUUGCACGCGCAGAGGACAGAGACAGCGGGCUGAACGGACUGGUCCGGUACAGCAUCGCAAGCCCUCAUCCAAGCAUCUUCAGCAUGGAUCGGGGCCGUGGGGUGCUGUACCUCAGGGAAAGUCUGGGAGGCCAGGGGAACCUCAGGCUGACCCUGGUGGCUGAGGAUCAAGGCACUCCUCCCCAGGCAUCCCACUUGGUGCUCACAGUAGUUAUUGAAAGCCAAGAACGAAGCCCAGUCGUGGCUUUUGAAAAUUUUGUCUAUCAAGUGGAAGUUAGCGAGUCUCUCCCACUGACGGCUCAAAUCUUGCAGGUACAGGCCUAUCCACUGCAUCCGUGGCACCCAGCCUCAAAGACAACGUAUUCCCUGGAUGUCAGUGUGGACUCUUCAGUGUUCGGAAUCCACCCUCACACAGGCUGGAUUUAUCUGCAGCGCCAGCUAGACUAUGAAUCUACACAGAUGUACAGGUUUAAAGUGUUGGCCCGAGUCCCGGAGGACAGAUUGCUGCAGAAUGUGAGCACUUUGGUAAUCGUUCAUGUCUUGGAUGAGAACGACCAUUCCCCAGCCUUCUUGCAGGACAAGGUGUUUUUGAAAGUUGAGGAGAGCCCCAUGCCCCUAGGGGUAAUAGGCAAAAUGACAGCCAUUGAUGCUGACUCUGGGAAGAACGGGCAGCUGUCAUAUUUCCUGUUGACUGAUGGGAAAUUCUUCAAGAUGAAUCCCAACACAGGUGAGCUGCUCAAUUGGAUGGCAUUGGAUCGUGAGCACCAGAGGCAUCAUCACAUGACUGUCCUAGUGACAGAUCACGGCUCCCCGCCACGGAAUGCCACCAUGGUGGUUUAUGUCACAGUUACUGACAUAAAUGACAACAAGCCAUUCUUCCCACAAUGCCCACCUGGAAAGGAGUUUUACAUCAAGGCUUUGGAAGGUCAGCCAGUCAACACGCUGGUCACAACCAUCUUUGCAAAGGAUCUCGAUGAAGGACUCAGUGCAGAACUUACAUACUCCAUCUCUCCAGAUUAUCCUGCUCACUUUAAGAUUGAUGCCAACAAUGGUGAAAUAAGAACAACUGUGAUACUUUCCCAUGACUAUAGACCUUCCUAUAGGAUGACAGUCAUUGCCAGUGACCAGGGAGUGCCCCCUCUUCAAGGACAGGCAAUUAUUAAUAUUCAGGUUAUACCACUCUCCAAAGGGAUGGCUUUUAUGUCUCAGAAUAUCAGACAUUUAGUGAUCCCAGAAAACACGAAGACUGCAAAAAUCAUGAGCCUGAUGAAGUCUCCCGACCCCUUUCAACAGUACCAUAGUGAGAAGUUACACUUUAGUAUUGUUGCAGAGGACAAGGAUGACCACUUUGAAAUUGAUAGCUCUACAGGAGACUUGUUCCUCUCCAAGGAACUUGACUAUGAAAUUACAUCUCACUAUCUUAUUAGGGUGAUUUCUAAAGACCAUAGCCAAAGCCCUCUGUGGAACAGCACGGUCUUCCUUAGUGUUGAUGUGGAAGAUCAGAAUGACCAUUCCCCAUCCUUCCAGGAUGAGUUCAUUGUGAUAAGUGUGGAGGAGAAUGUCCCCGUAGGGACUUUGGUGUACAUCUUCAAUGCCAAAGAUGGUGACGGCAGUUUUCUGAACAGUAGGAUACAAUACUUUGCAGAAUGCAGCCAUGUUGGAACGAACCCAUUUCUCAUCCACCCCUCCUCUGGCACACUGGUCACGGCAUCUCCCCUGGACAGAGAAGAUGCUCCGUCUUUUAUACUGACCAUCACUGCAUCUGAUCAGGCUGUGAAUGUGACAGACCGGCGAUGGCGGUCACUGGUAGCAGAAGUGAUGGUUUUGGAUGUGAAUGACCACAGCCCCACCUUUGUGUCUCAUUCCAUCACCUCUGUCAGAGAGGAUGCUGAAGUGGGCUCCCUGGUGCACCGUGUAAGUGCCCAGGAUCCAGAUGCAGACAUGAAUGGAAAAGUAACAUACAGCAUCCUCUCAGGAAAUGAGGACAUGCUCUUCAUGUUAGACGGGUCAUCAGGCUUUCUGAGGACAGCUUGUCUUCUGGAUUAUGAAGUGAAAACCCAGCACAUCUUGACCCUCAUGGCCCAUGAUGGUGGCACACCAGCACUUUCUUCAUCGCAGACCCUGACAGUCACUGUCCUUGAUGUCAAUGACGAAUCACCAGUGUUUAAGCAACUCACAUACAAAGCUUCAGUUAGAGAAAACCAAAGUCCUGGGGUGUUUGUUACAAGGGUUGAAGCUGAGGACUCUGAUUCAGGAGUCAAUUCUGAACUUCAGUUUGAAAUCAUGCCAGGGCCUGCCUUUGGGUUGUUUGAGAUCAACCCUGAUACAGGAGAGGUGGUGACAACUGUCACAUUUGACAGAGAAGCUCAAGAAAUCUUCACACUUCGAGUACUUGCACGGGACGGUGGUGUCCCUUCAUUGUCUGGCACUGCAACCAUCAUCUGCACCAUUGAAGACGAAAAUGACCAUUCCCCAGAGCUUAUUGUCCUCAGCCAUGACAUUGAAGUGCUGGAGAACCAAGAUCCAGGGGUUGUCUAUACUGCGUUGGCUUUCGAUAUGGAUGCCGGCAACAAUGGAGCUGUCACCUAUCGCAUAGCUGGUGGAAACACCGAGGAGUACUUUGCUAUUCAUGCAACCUCAGGAGAACUCUCAACAACUCGUGCUUUGGACCGGGAGCAGAUCAACAAUUUUACCCUUCUUAUCUUGUGCUCAGAUUUGGGGCAUCCACCUCGAAGCUCUGUGAUGCAGUUGCAUGUUAGGGUCUUGGAUGACAAUGACCAUAGCCCUUCUUUUCCCAUGCUUCAUUAUCAGUCGUCUGUGAGGGAAGAUGCUGAAGUGGGCACCGUGGUCCUGGAGCUGUCUGCUGUGGACAGAGAUGAGGGCCUCAAUGGGCAGGUAGAAUAUCUUCUGUUGGAGGAAACUUCUGGUGCGUUCAGUGUUGAUCAUGUAACGGGGACACUGAGAACUAGCCGCGUCCUUGACCGAGAAGCCAGACCUCAGCACACAUUCCAGGCUGUAGCCAGAGACUGCAGUACCCAAGGCGCGAAGAGCAGCGUGUUGACUGUACUCAUAUCUGUUACGGAUGCUAACGACAAUGAUCCUGUUUGGGAGGAGAACCCAGUUGAUGCUUUCCUUUCUCCCAAGCUGUCCCUAAACCAAACCAUUGCUCAUCUGAGAGCCAGUGACCCAGAUGCAGGGCCAAAUGGAACUGUCACUUUUAGUUUUGCAGACAGCCAGUCAGUGUUUUCUAUCAAUGAAUAUACAGGCGAAAUUAAACUUCAGCAGAAUCCAUCAGCAGAAUAUUUUCCUAUCUGGGUGCAGCUAAAAGCCACAGAUCAGGGGGUCCCAGCGAGGGCAACCCCGGGUCUCUUAGUUGUUCACAUGGAAGGAGAAGAUGUGAAGAUCUCUUUCAGCCACCAUCUCUACACAGGAGUCGUGACUGAAAACUGUGAGCCAGGUACUUCUGUUGUGACUGUAAAGGCUUCUACUGCAGCAUCUCUCACAGACCCCAUUAAAUACUCUGUUUUUAGUGGGAAUGAAGAUGGAGUGUUUUCCCUGGGCUCCACCUCAGGGCAACUCAUCAUAGAAGAGCCUAAAUCCCUUGAUUUUGAAGUCAGGAGCGAAGUACAGCUCAUCAUUUUUGCGGAGAGCAAUGGGCAUAGAGCCUUCACCAAAGUAGCAGUUUCCAUCCAGGAUAUGAAUGAUAAUUCUCCACGCUUCUCACAAAGUGUGUACAGGGCGUCAGUCUCUGAAGGUCAACUCUACAAUGCUCAUGUCACACAGGUGUUUGCUACUGACUUGGAUGAUGGCUUGAACGGCCUGAUUGAGUAUUCCAUUGUGUCUGGCAACCAAGCAGAAGCCUUCCAGAUUGACUCGCUGAGCGGGGUAAUAACAACAGAUUCUCUCCUGGAUUAUGAGUCCACCGAUUCCUACAGCUUGAUUGUGCAAGCCACAGACAGAGGGGUGCCCAGGCGCUCUGAUACGGCUCUGGUCAAGAUACAGGUGAUUAACAUAAACGACAAUGCUCCAGUCUUUCUCCCCUCAGAAGCAAUAGAAAUUGCGGAAAAUUCUUUGCCUGGUGUAAUUGUGUCUCGGGUAUCCAUUCAUGAUGCGGAUUUGAAUCCAGCUUUCACCUUCAGUUUUGUCAAAGAGAGCAAUUGCGGAGCUAAGUUUGCUAUCAGUCAGGACACUGGGGUGGUGGUGCUGGUGCAAACACUGGAUUUUGAAGAUGUUGCUGAAUAUGAGCUGAUCAUCCACGUUUCUGAUUCGUGGCACCACACAGAGGGUUCCCUUCUCAUCCGUGUGCUGGAUGUCAACGAUAACCCACCAGUAUUUUCUCAAGAUUUCUAUCAGGUUAUGGUUCCUGAGCUAGUUCCUGGAGGGUACUCGGUACUGACCCUGUCUGCCACAGACUUAGAAAGCAGUGAGAACAUUUCUUACAGGGUCCUUUCCUCUUCUGAGGGCUUCGCCAUUGAUCCCCGGAAUGGCACCAUAUUUACUACCAGUGCUGUAUCAUUUCUGGAUAAAAUACCAACAUUUCGAUUUCUUGUUGAAGCCAAUGAUGGUGGAGUUCCCUCCCUGAGGGGUCUUACGUUAGUGGAGAUAGAAAUACAAGAUGUGAACAGCUAUGCCCCUGAGUUUACAGUGGGGCACUAUAACCUUAGCUUGAGUGAGGAUGUUCCCAUUGGAAGCACUCUCAUGACCUUUUCAACUCUCGACCGUGACUACACUAUUGAAAACACACACACCAAAUAUUCCAUCGUCAGUGGCAACGUACACAACCACUUCCAUGUUGAAACCAGCCUCCUUCAUUCAGAUGACCCCCAUCAGCAGGGCGGUGCUCUUGUGUUACUUCACGCUCUGGACAGAGAAGCCAGUGCCAGCCACAAGCUUGUCCUCCUAGCAUCCGACCACGGCUGCCCGCCUCUGAGUUCCACAACUGUCAUAGAAAUAGACGUUCUUGAUGUCAAUGACAACCCACCCAUCUUCAACAGCCGGCAGUACAACGCCCAUGUCAAGGAGAGUACUCCCGUGGGGAGUCACAUCACUGUGGUGUCAGCAGAUGACCAUGACAUGGGCUCACAUGCGGAAGUCAUCUACGGCAUACUCUCUGGAAAUGAGAAGGAACACUUCUACUUAGAAGAAAGGACCGGGGUUCUUUAUUUGGUGAAACCUCUGGAUUAUGAGGAAAUGAUAACCUUCACGUUAACUGUCCAGGCUGCUGACGAAGAAGAGAAACACGUUUCUUUUGCUGUUGUGCGUGUCAGUGUGUUAGAUGAUAAUGACCACACACCUCAGUUUAUGUCCUCUACCUUGACCUGUGUCACUCCUGAAAACAUGCCUGCUUCCUCCAUCCUGUGUUCUGUCCAUGCUGUGGAUUCCGACGCCGGACCUUACGGAGAAGUGACUUACUCUAUCUCGUCACCUUGCCAUGCCACAUAUGAGAUGCAGCCCUAUCAGGAUCUAUUUGUCAUUGACCCUUUAACAGGGGACAUUCGAGCUGAUCAGGUGCUGGACUACGAAAGUGUUGCCAAGUACUGCCUGGUGGUUCAGGCCAAAGACAGAGGCAGUGCCACGGCUUCCCUGGAGGUCUGGGUGGAAGUUGAAGGGAUAGAUGAGUUUGAACCCAUCUUUACUCAAGAUCGAUAUUUUUUCAGUCUCUCUGAGAAAGGUCGAGGGCGACAGCUGAUUGGCAGAGUGGAGGCCUCAGAUGCAGAUGGAGGCAUGGAUGGGGUCGUUCUUUACUCCCUCAGCUCUCCAUCCGCUCUCUUUUCAGUCAACAAAACGAAUGGCGAUAUUUACUGGAUGAGAGCCCCUUUUCUAACCAGCAGUCAGCUCAACAAAGAAGACAACCUUGAGGUGAAAAUAAUUGCACACGGUCCCAAGUCCAAUUCCAGGUCCACAUCCUGCAGUGUGUUUGUGAACGUCUCUAUGCCAUCUGAAGGACACCACAGAAGAGGUUUUGGUCACGGUUUCUCCAUCAGCCUCGUGGUCUCCUUCUUAGUGUUCCUCUUGCUUGUCUGCACCCUAAUCGUACUGAUUUUAAGGCAUAAGCAAAAAGACCCACUACACAGUUGCGAGGAGAAGACGCCACCGCCCCCAGAUGAUGAUCUCAGGCUGACUGGGGCUGCAAGCCAGCUCAAGGCUGGGCAGCCGGCCGUGGAGUUCAGGGAUCUGACAGGGACUGGUGAAACUAUGCCGGCUGAAUGGCUGAGCUUCAUGAGUGCCAUGGAGAAGGACAUUAUGCACCUGUACAGGCACUCAAACUCCAGUGUUCACUGCUCUGUGGACGGAGAAACUGCAGAAGAUAAAGAAAUCCAGAGGAUAAAUGAACACCCUUAUAGAAAGGACUCAGAUUCUGUGCUGAGUGACCGGGAGUCCAGGGUGCCAGACUCGGGUAUCCCCAGGGACUCAGAUCAGCUCUCUUGCCUGUCGGGAGAGACAGAUGUGAUGGCUAGUCCCGAGGCGGUGGAAGCCAGCCACGUGUUUGAGGGAGAAGAUGGAGGGACAGGCUGUGGCACAGUCUAUGUUCAAAAUGAUGCGUUAUCUCAAAGAAGAGAGGCAAAAGCAGGUGUCUUGGCCGAUAGCAGGAAGGAGUCCUUGACUUCGGCCAGCCAGGAGGGAAGGCGGGCAGCUCCUUCCACCCGGGCAGCUUCUGCUGAUGGUGCCAUGGGCAGCUAUGCCUGGGAUUACUUCCUUAGUUGGGAACCCAAGUUCCAGCACCUAGCCUCCGUGUUUAACGAUAUUGCCAGGCUAAAGGAUGAAGAUCUGCAGAUGCCUGGCAUCCCAAAAGACGCACCUUAUGUUUUCCCACCCCCUUUGAUAACAGCAGUAGCACAGCCUGGGAUUAAGGCCGUUCCCCCACGAAUGCCAGCCCUCACCGUGGGGCAGGUUCUUCAGAAAUUCCCCCGAUCUCCCCUUCCCUGCUAUGGCAGCUCCCUAGCAGAAGCCAUGACUCCCAGCUUCUCUCCAUCUCUUUCCCUACUGACGAUGCAGACGCCUGCCAGGUCACCAGAGUCGCCAGAUGGGGAACCCGUAGGAACACACAGACGCGACACGUGCCGUGAACUGAAAGCCGAAGCGGAAGUCCACACAUAAGGAGACUGUGCUGUUGACCCCUGCUCAUUCAGCACUCAGCAGAGGGAUACGAAGACAGACGCAGCGUCUGGCACGAUGAGUUCUUUCUUACCCAGGCGCGGGGAAUCUCACGUAGACAUUGUUUUUCAAAUCUUGCCCAUUUCAGUCUCUCGGCGUUCUUCCAGCCUAAAUGAGAAGUUACUCCCUCUUUUAGACUUCUUGGGUUGCUCUCAGGACUCGCGUUUGUGGACAUUAACUAGUCUGUUUUGUUAUUCCUGUUUGUUUGUUUUAAUGUUUAGAAUUUAUGAUUUAUGUAAUCAUCAGAAGUUAUGACUGGAAUUUCUCAUGACUCUGGGCUGACUCUAGCCAAAUAAGCAUUCUUGAUUGAAUGAGGCAGAAAGUGUGUUCUUGAUGUAUGGCUGAGGUGGACAGGACAGUGCUUAGGCAGCAGUCUGCUGCCAGAGACAUGCCAUCUCAGCCUCCUCCACAAGGGAGGCCCCUCCAGUGCUCUGUUCACAUAAGAAACCUUGAAGAUUAAUUUAUAGAAAUUACUUCAUUUUAUGUUCUUCAACACAUAGCAACUUUGGGUAUGAGAUAGUUUAUCUGUUCAAUGCCCAUUUUUAAAGUUUGUGUAGAUAAAAUUAUGUUACUAGCUAAUUAUAAAUUUCAUAGAGUAAUUUAGCAGUGUAUUUUUAAAUGAAGUUUUUUUUUAUACAUGAAAGUUUGUACUAUUAAAGUUGAGGGUGGGUGUCAGAAGUCUUUAUCCAUUUACUUAUCAUUGCUUCCACAAUGGGAUGUGAAGAAUUCUGCCUUACACAGUUCCUAAUUCAGAAGCACAGUCAUGCUGGCUAUCUGGUGCUUACAUGACGGAUCACUCCUCUCUGAUGGACCAAUAGGACAUCAGAAAUACUUUUACCCACUAGGAGGAUGAGUGCGACCUGAAAAUGAUGCUCUAUAAGUCAUCCUCUCAUGGGAGGGGCAGAAUUUGGGGUCACUUUCUAGGAAUUCCAGUGUGAAGUUUCUAAUGCAUCUGGGUGAUUUUCUAGGUAGGUCAGGUGGGCUUCUGCCCUAGACGUAGCUCUUUUAUUUAUUUAUUUUUCCAUGUAUCCCACCUGAGGAACUAUGUGAAAUAAUUCGUGUUUACUUAAAACCAUUGCAGAGGCACUUGGAUAUCCAGUUUAGGAAGUCAGUAAUUAGAUAGCUGCCUAUGCUGAUAGAAGAUAUGAGUGCGUCUUCUUGUUGACUCAAAUGCAGAGCAUAUGUCUAAACCACCUGAGUAAGUAACAAGUGUGAUGGCCACGAAGUGUUUUGGAGAAGCUGGAAUUCUAGGGAAUUCACGUGUGGGCCAUUUAAGUAUUGCAGCGCCAAUUCAUGUCUCCUCUCAUCUUUGGGGCAUCUGAAGAAGAAAUUGAAUGAUUUGUGUUAAAAACAAAAGUUAUUUCACGGUGCCAAUGGGUUGUCUCUUGACUCUUCAGUAGAACCUGUUGAUCAGAGGAAGCUACUCUUAGUGGUUUCUUUUGCUAAUUAUAUGUGAAAGCUUGAGUUUGUAGCAGAAUUACCCGUGCUAACCAUGAAUGCCUUGUUUUUAAAAGGGUCCUCCAUUCACUUAGGCUUUUUAUUUAAAAAGGGAGCUACUCGUCGAAUUCUUUCCUAAGUUUUUCACCUUUGAUUUAUUACUGAACAUGAUUCUGUGGGUGUUUUCAUCCUUGCUAUUUCGUAAGAAACAGAAGACAAGACAUAUUUAGAGCUCUCUACCAAUAUUUAGCAGGUCUUUAAUUGAUGACUUUAUUAAUCCCAUUCCCAGCGCUGCUGCCUCAACGAAUAAUGGCCAUGAGUCGAGUGGAGGGUAAGAUGUGAACAUGUUGCUUGAGUGCUUCUAAUAAAUCGCGCAUCAGCCCUUUAAA